AUGGCAGUGGAUAGUAGGGGUGGAAGGGAGGCAGAUGAGGAAGAAUGGCACUAUGGCUUGCUCACCAGCGAGGAGAUCGAGGACUGUCUUCUUCUUCAGGCCGUUCCGCUGCCUCGCAGCCGCCAGCUUCUCGCUGUGCCCUUCUUAGGGAAGGACGCCCCCUCUCCCGCCUCUGAGUUCUCGCAUCCUGACAUGCUGAUUGGUCUCUCCAUUCUCGCGUAUCGGUAUCAAGGACUGCGUUAUGAGGAUUUUCACAGGCUCCUCGUUGACCAGCUGGGGAGGCUGGAGGGAGGCUACGGUCCAGUAUCGACACGGCCUGCAGCGAAAGAGUAUGGGAACUGGAUAUGGGCAGCAGGAGGGCGAGUCAGGGGGCUUCACAGGAGAAAGAGACACGCAGAAGAGUGGAUUCACGAUCUCAGGAGCCUCGCCGCGGAGGCAAUGCCGCAGCAGCAGCCUUCGCACCCGCUUCGCAUGGACGCAGACGAUCCGUUCCGCGGGCUGCCUGGCCUUCGGGAAGGCGGCACUGACAGCAAGACGGAGACGCGGCAGACGAGCGACUCAGGCCUCCCCUCCGGAGCAGCAGCAGCGGAGGCGAAACGCGUAAUGCCUUCUGUGCUGGAGCACGCGCCCUUCCAGCUGUCUGCCUCGGGUCAAGAAAUAGGGGGAGACAGUCUCUUCACGGUGCGCAUAGGCUUCUCUGGGACGCCUUCUGAGCUGCUGCCGUGCGAGAUGGGCAAGUGCUGCUACGAAGCAGGGACAGAUGGAAAGGUUCUGCGUCUCCUUUCCUCCCCGUCCGUCGUCUCUUGGGAGCUGCUGCCACCAGAGUGGAGUCUCGGCUUGCCGCACAUGGAGGGCGUCGUCUUCCUCGACAGUCGAGAUCGCCAAAUGGUGCUGAUAAGGGAGGGGUGGGAAGUUCUGCAGCUUGCGCAGUGCGGAAUCGCCACAGAAAGACGCUUCUCCUUCUACGAUCACGUCCACACCACCGGACAGGAUAUUCGGCAGGCGGCCGAUGGGAGGGCCUUCUUGACUCUUGGGAAAGACUGCACCUUUAGAGACGUUGCGCAGGGAGCUUUCCGCAUGCGGGGGCUUGGCAGGGGCCAGACGCUGCAUUAUUUGAUUCCCCCAGGCGUUGCCGCCCUCAUAGAGGGGCACGCACGUCUUGUAGGAUCGGUGCUGCCUUCGGCUGCUCUCUUUCCGGAGCUGCAUCAGCAGCAGCCGCUCAUGCGGGGAGAGCAGCAGCAGAGACAGAUGCAGAUGCAGAUGGCUCGGGGCUGUUCGUUGUUGGGAGAAAUCUGCGGCUGGCUGGUAGCGCGUCAGGUGACUCAGGAGUGCAUGCAGCAUCGUCUGCUGUGCCUCCAGAGCGCUAGCAACGUAUGGCGGAAGGCGGCCUUGGCGGUGCUGAAGGAAACGCAUGCGUCUUUGGGAACUGAUGCCGCGUCGGUUCAAACGCAGAACGCCCUUGGGGUCUUCUUGGAGCCUGUAGACUUUUCUGUUCCGCCAACAGUUCCCUUCUCCCUCCCCCUGAGCCUGAGGAUCAAGCAGCUAGCGCAGCAGCAUGCAGAGCUGCUCGAGGCAACCGCUGCCUCGGCCUCUCCUCAGGGGAGCUUCUCGAUUUCGAGAGGCAAGGCGCUGAUCGACAAGCUCGUUCGGGAGCUAGAAGAGGAGGAGGCGGCUGCGAGGAGACAUGCUCUGAAGGGGGAUGCGAGAGACGCAGAAGUAUCCGAUGCCUUGCGAAUGGAAGGCCUCGAGGCAGAAAUCGAGGGCGAAGAGCAGCAGCAACAAGAAGAGGAGCAGGAGCAGCAACAGGAGAUCGAACAGGAGAAGCAAGAAGAGAUCGCCAGAGAAACAGAAGAAGCGGCCCCUCUCAACUACUCGCGGGUUGACGAGGCUGCUCGCCCUUGGCUGCUAGCUGCCUUGUCUCUGUCCCCUCAGGAGGAGACGCAGGAGUUUUACCUUGCCUCCCGCUUCUCCGUGGCCUCUGCGCUGCAGCAAAAGCUAGCCCGCUUGCAGCAGCAGAAAGGGACGGGCGCUGCAACAGCAGCAGCAACAGCAGCAGCCGCUGCUGCGGCUGCAGUCACUGGAACCGCCGUGUCGGCUGCGGCAACGGACUUCCUUGCUGCUUUGCUGCUGCCUGCUGCUUCUGCCAAGGGGUGUGACGCUCUCUGCCAGUACCUUAAGGCAGUGGCAGUUGCACCAGCAAGAGCAGCCGCUCUCAGUGCUGCAGAAUCUAUGGCAGCCCAACAGGCACUCUCAGCACCUGCAGGAGCUGCAGCAGCAGACUCGAGGGGCAACCCUACCGUCGAAGUGGAUUUGAAGACAGAGCAGGGCUGCUUCAGGGCAGCUGUCCCCUCCGGCGCCUCCACUGGCAUUUAUGAGGCCCUUGAGCUCCGUGACGGCGACAACUCUCGCUAUAACGGAAAGGGCGUCCUCAAGGCUGUGGAGAAUGUCAACACGGUACUUGGCCCUGCCCUUGUGGGAAAGGACUGCACGAAGCAAGCCGAGCUCGACAAGCUGAUGGUGGAGGAGUUGGACGGAACGAAGAAUGAGUGGGGUUGGUGUAAGUGCAAGUUGGGGGCAAACGCGAUCCUGGCGGUCUCCAUGGCGCUUUGCCGUGCGGGAGCUGCAGCCAAGGGUAUCCCGCUGUACAAAUACAUUGCCCAACUGAGCGGAAACCCCGAGGACGCUUUUAUUAUGCCAGUGCCUUGCUUCAACGUCAUCAAUGGCGGCAAACACGCCGGCAACAAGCUCGCCAUGCAGGAGUUCAUGAUUGCUCCGACGGGUGCCACUUCCAUCAAGGAGGCUAUCCGCAUGGGGGCGGAGGUGUAUCAGGCUCUGGCAAAGUGCGUGAAGGCCAAGUACGGUCUUGACGCCACGAACGUAGGGGAUGAAGGCGGCUUUGCUCCCAACAUCACGAAUCCCAAGGAGGCGAUGGACUUGCUGGUCGAAGCGAUCCAGGCAGCGGGGCACACAGGCAAGGUCAAGAUUAUGACAGACAUCGCAGCUUCCGAGUUUCACAAUGGGUCGGAUAAGACUUACGAUCUGGAUUUCAAGACCCCUAACAACGACAAGUCCAUGGUGAAGACAGGCCAGCAGCUCAAAGACGUGUACAAGGACUGGUCGAAGGAGUACCCCAUUGUCUCUAUUGAGGAUCCGUUUGAUCAAGAUGAUUUCACUUCCUAUGGUGCCCUGACCUCCGAGAUCGGUUCGCAGGUGCAGAUCGUGGGAGAUGAUCUUCUGGUGACGAAUCCCACGCGCAUCGCGAAAGCCUUGGAGCAGAAGGCGUGCAACGCUCUGCUGCUGAAGGUUAACCAAAUCGGCUCCAUCUCUGAGGCCAUUGAAGCCUGCAAGCUCUCGCAGAAGAACGGAUGGGGCGUCAUGGUGUCGCACCGCUCUGGCGAGACUGAGGAUUCGUUCAUUGCAGACUUAGUUGUGGGCCUUCGCACUGGUCAAAUCAAAACCGGCGCUCCUUGCCGCUCCGAGAGGCUGUGUAAGUACAACCAGCUGAUGCGCAUUGAGGAGCAGCUCCAGGGGCGCUGCACGUAUGCUGGCGAGAGGUUCAGGAACCCCCAGGCGUAA